AUGAAAGCUACUACUCUUGGAGGAGUUCGAAUCCAAGAGGGCGAAAAUGUAUGCGCCGAUACUCUCACAAUCCACUUCAAUCGAGAACUUUUGGGGGACGAUGCUGAUGAUUUCCGACCGGAAAGGGCAGCAGAAUUGUCACAACCACAGACGGAAACGGAUGGGAGCAGCCGACAGCAGAUACGCCAUUCUCUGCCCUUAUUACAUGAUGGGCAACCGAUCACAAACAACUUGUGUUCAGACUACCAAAAUAAGGCGUAG